AUGGUCCGUCUGCCGCUGCAGGGUCUCUUCUGGGGCUGCCUGCUGACCGCCGUUCACCCAGAACCUCUCACUGCGUGCAAAGAGAACCAGUACCUGAUAGACGGUCGGUGCUGUGAUUUGUGCCAGCCAGGAAAGAAGCUGGUGAAGGACUGCUUGGAGGCAGCCGACACCGAAUGUGUUUCUUGCGGGCGAGAUGAAUUCCUGAGCGCUUGGAACAGAGAGACCCGCUGUCACCAGCACCGCUACUGUGACCACAACCUAGGGCUCCGGGUCCUGAGGGAGGGGACGCCGGAAACGGACACCACCUGCGCAUGUGUCGAAGGCCAGCACUGUACCAGCGAGGCCUGCGAAAGCUGUGUGACUCACAGCCCGUGUGCCCCGGGCUCUGGGGUCAAGCAGAUGGCUACUGGGACGCGGGAUACCGUCUGUGAAGCCUGUCCCAGCGGCUUCUUCUCCAAUGUGUCGUCUGCUUUGGACAAGUGUCGCCCGUGGAGAAGCUGUCAGACCCACGGGCUGGUGGAGCUUCGGGCAGGGACAAACGUGACAGACGCUGUCUGUGGUGUCCAGGACCGGACGAGGAUGCUGGUGGCGCUCCCCAUCGUGCUGGCCGUCUUGUGCGCGGCCCUGCUGCUGUCUGCCUAUGUCUGGAAGUGGAGCAAAAAGAAGCCGGAAGAGGGCACCAAGCUUCAAGAUUUGCGGACCCCCCAGCCGGAAGAGUGGGAGGAGGACUUUUCCCCGGUGCAAGAGACGCUACUCGGGUGCCAGCCUGUCGCCCAGGAGGACGGCAAAGAGAGCCGCGUCUCUGUGCAGGAGAGGGUGUGA